UCAUUUGUGAUUUUCCAUUUUUGCUGUCAAGUUUCAACAAAAUUUUUCCAAAACAAACAAAAUAAAUCAUGUCUGGCCGUGGUAAAGGUGGUAAAGGUCUCGGUAAAGGUGGUGCAAAACGUCAUCGUAAAGUUCUUCGUGAUAAUAUCCAAGGUAUCACAAAACCGGCCAUUCGUCGAUUGGCUCGUCGUGGUGGUGUCAAACGUAUUUCCGGAUUGAUCUACGAAGAAACUCGAGGUGUCCUUAAAGUUUUCCUCGAAAAUGUUAUCCGUGAUGCUGUUACCUAUACCGAACAUGCUAAACGUAAAACUGUCACCGCUAUGGAUGUCGUUUAUGCUUUGAAACGACAAGGACGUACCUUGUAUGGUUUCGGCGUUGCAUCGAUGGUAAAAUCUGCUAUCAAAGAAUUGAAAGAACGUAAUGGAUCAUCGGUACAGGCUAUCAAAAAGUACAUUCAAGCUCAUAAUACUGUUGAAAUCGAAAAGAUUACACCGUUCAUCCGAAAAUAUCUUAAAUCUGGUGUUGUCAAAGGUGAAUUGGUUCAAGCUAAAGGUAAAGGUGCCAGUGGAUCAUUUAAAUUGAACAAAGCUGUUAAAGGUGAAGGUGAAAAACCGAAAAAAGUAUCGAAACCAAAAUCAUCGAAACCGAAAUCAUCAAAACCAAAAGCACCGAAAGCUGUUGUCAAAUCACCAUCAUCAUCAUCAUCAUCAAAACCAUCGGCCGAAAAGAAAGUGAAAAAAGAUAAAGCACCAAAAGCUAAAUCUGCACCGAUCAAGAAAGACAAGCCAAGUACACCGAAAAAGGUUGCAGCCAAACCAGUAAAGGUUAGUAAACCUAAACCGGAAAAGAAAAAAGCAGUUGCAAAACCAUCAUCAAAAUCAUCGAAAAAAGUUGUAGCUAAAAAACCAUCAACACCGAAAAAAGCCAAGAAGUAAAUCCUUCAACUUUUCAUUUUUUAUAUAUUUUAAUCAUAAACGGCUCUUUUCAGAGCCACAUAAAAUAGCGAU